CACUAAACUUUUUAAGCAGCUCGAGUAAAGCGGAGUAAAGCAGUCCGGUAACGGCAGCGCGAGCGGACGCGCACGGAGCCGCGCGGGUUUACCGGGAAUACGGCAGGAACGCGUCGGUUCCGGUGGAUCCUCCUCAGAUUAGUGUGACUCUUACAGCUUCAUGAUGAACAGAGCCUUCAACAGGAGGAAAGAAAAACCCAUCAUGCACAACCCAGAGGCCCUGGUGAGGCAUCAUGUAGCGUACAGUGCUAAGUUUUUGGGAAUCACAGAAGUUGACCAACCGAAAGGAACAGAUGUUGUUCGUGUAGCUGUGAGGAAGCUGAAGUUUCAGAGGCAUAUCAAAAAGUCAGAAGGCCAAAAGCUGCCCAAAGUAGAGCUGCAGAUAUCCAUAUAUGGAGUGAAAAUACUGGAUCCAAAAACUAAGGAGAUACAGCACAACUGCCAGCUGCACAGGAUGUCUUUCUGCGCUGAUGACAAAACAGACAAGCGCAUCUUCACCUACAUCUGCACUGAACCCGAGACCAAACGGCACCUUUGCUAUGUCUUCGACAGCGAGAAAUGUGCAGAAGAGAUCACUGUGGCGAUUGGUCAGGCGUUUGACCUGGCCUAUAAAAAGUUCCUAGAGUCUGGAGGGAAAGACGUGGAGACGAGAAAACAAAUAGGCAAUCUACAGAAGCGGAUUCAAGAUUUAGAAAUGGAGAAUUCGAAGCUUAAAAAGCAGCUUCAGGAUCUGGAGGAUCAGCUGAUCAGCACUCAGUCGUCUCCACUGCACCGGCCCGCCGCGCUCUUCUUCUGCUCUGAUGACAUCACCUCGUUCUCCUCUCUAGACAUUACCUCUGUCAGUCUAACACCUGCCAGUUCACCUGAUUCCAACCAAUCAGCCGGCCUGCUUACCCCACCUCCUGCUAAACCCGCCCACUUUCAGCCAGCCAAUGGCUACAGUGUCCCUCGGCCUCGUGCUGGAAGUAUCCCAGUAUCUUCCACAGACGUAUUUGACAUGGUGCCGUUCACACCCACAUCAUCCAUGACGAGAAUAUCUAACAGUAACGGAACCUCACUGCUCCCUCCACUGCCUCCUAAAGACAGGGCUAUAGAUUUGUUUGGAGCCGUGCCCUUUGACCCCUUCAUCUGCGGAAUCGCUGAUUUUACUCCAGAUAUCCAGUCAAAGCUGGAUGAGAUGCAGGAGGGGUUCAAAAUGGGUCUGACUCUGGAGGGCGCCAUUCUUUCACUGGAUCAGGUGGACAGCCGAUGCUGAUGUCAUAAUUUCCCUUUCUGUGGACGACUGAACUGGAAACAGAUUGUUAGAUCAGUGUUUCUGUGUCCAUUUUGCUUUAAGUGAGGAGUGAAGUUGAACAAAGCCAUGGAACAGGCUGUACAGGUUCUUUUUAUCUAUUUUUAUAUUGUACAAAAUCAGUCCAGAGAGAUUUUACGCCUAAUUUUACUGAGAAUCACUGAUUUCACUCCCUGUAUCUUAUUGACUGAGCAACUGUUGAAAGGAGAGACAUGCUGUACUAACAUUAAAGCACUUUUUAGACUUUUUUUAGAAUAUUGUUAUAGAUUAUACAGUACUGUGAGAAAAUAUUAGGCACCUGAGAUUGUAUCUAAUGGUUAAUAUUUAUCUGUGCUGGGAUUUCUGAAAACAUUUCAGAACGAAGAAGAUUUUAAAAUGGUUAAACCAUUUUCUCUGCCAGUUAAAAUGAUCUUUAUGGCAUGGCACGUUUUGGCAUCCCCAGUCUAAGGGUCUGUUACUUUAAUUUCUACUCAAGUUAAAGGUAUAAGAUUAUGUUCCUGUAGCAUAAGCCCAAAACAUGAUCAAACCACCCCAUGUUUAACAGUUCUCUGUUUUCUGAAAUAUCACCUCCUUUUGGUGCUUGGGUUGCUGCACAGUAGAAUAGUGCACCACCAUUGCAGAGUCUGAUAAAUCUUCCGGAGGGUUUUGAAAUUUUGAAUACCACUGGGCAUUUGAGAGCAUUAAGUGUUUAUUUGUUCAGACCAUAGACUGUGUAUAGCUGGACAGAGAAUCGUCUCUUAAAAGUAAAGCCACCACAGGUCGGGCGCCCCCUGCUGUUCGGUUUCAGAAAGCUGUGUAACCCCACCCAUCCCCAUAGGUUUCAAUGGCAAAACAGACAACUUUCAAUCACGUUUUUUUCUAAUAUACUGUAAUUUUACCCCCAUUAUUUAAAUGCAACAGCUAGUGUAACCUCUGCUUAUAUUUUAAAAUUUUUAUAUCCCCACAGAAUUCGUUUUUAAAAACGUUAUUCAGCUCUAUUCAAAAAAGGUGUGGUUAUUGUAAAAGGGCUGGUUAUGGGCGGGACCAAUAACAGACCGUCAGCUCCGCUCCGCUCCGCUCUGCAGCCUGUGACCUCGAGUCAGCCCUCAGGGGCGGGGUUAUUUAAAUUAGUAGGCUGUCUCUCCACAGAAUUUCUCCCUCCUCUGGUCUCUACUGCGUAGACUCGGGUAUCAGGAUCACCAACAUGGCCAAAGAUUUUGGCUUCAUUUUUAUUGAAUGAAUGGAAACAGUGACACGGCGUCCAUCUUUUUUUUACAGUCUCUGGUUCAGACUAAUGACUGUGGAAAACAUGAACACUGUGGUUCUACAGUAAAAUAAAGCCAGAUUGGCAAAUUGCACAUUACAGACUGGAGGCCAGACUGCAUUUCAAACUGCCUUCAUUGAGUUUACAGUGCAGCCUAAAAGAGAAGAAGAAAAUCAAUCAUGUUCACUGCUGAGAUGAACCAAAGCUACUACACUCCAGUUUAUAACCCUGUUUAAACCAUUGAGCUGUUCAUGCUUUUCUCGAGUCACUGGUUCAGAUAAAUAUUAAUAUUAGAACAUGCUUGUUUAUAUUUUAGUUUAAAAGCAUACACACUCACAACCUCACACAAAUACAGAGUAAAUGAUUAGAAAUAAUUUGUUCAGGUGCCUAAACCUGCAGAGUACAGUAUAUCAUUAGAUAUACAUUAGUUAUUAGUUAUUAUCAGACUGCUGUGAACUGGCUUCUUCAGAGACUGGUAGAAAGCAGAGGACUGUGGCAGCUGGUGGUAAUAAAAGGUAGGAUAGGCCUGUCACGAUAACCAUUUUUAUUGGAUGAUAUAUUGUCCUGUACAUAAUUGCGAUAUUAUUACCAAAAAUAUGCUAAUAUAUUAUGCUAAUAUACUAUUAUUACUUCUAAUAUUACUAGCAUAAUAAUGAAAACACACCCUUUUAAAAAGCAAUCAGCUUUUAAUUAUUCAGAAUAUUCAGACAUUAAAAUUGGAAUAUAAACACAUUUAACUAUUCUAAAAAAAACAUAAAUAAAACAAAUAAAAUAAAAAUGUUUUUAAACAAAGUCAGCAUAGCGUCUCAUUCAUGCUCAAUAAUAUAAUUAUCGUGGCAGGCCUUUUUAGAUUAUUUCUUUUCCACAGGAAUGUUUGUAUUUUUAACUAAUACACACAUUUUCUUCAGUCCUCCUGUACCACCACUGACAUUUAUGUGAAUAAACAGCUUCUGAUAUUUCCUUUAUGAUGUGUUCUGCAUUGCGUUUAGUAAAUAAAGGACGACUCACAGAAA